CAAAUGUCCAACGAAGAACCGAUGUUACGGUAAAGAGCAAAUCAACAUAGAAUUUGCUUUGCAAACAACCAUAUGAAAAAUCUGUUGGCUGCUCUCUUUCUCUCUCUGUGUAUACCGUCUGUUGUGUUCAUGUGUAUUUUUGUAUGUGUAUGUGCACUAUUUGCUUGCUGUUCAUUUGACUGCAUGAACAAAUUCUGUGUGCGAGUGCGAGUGAGUUUGUGGCUGCUGAGUUUUUCAUUCUUGCUUUUUGGAGCGAUGCGAAUGUAUUGGUGUGUAUAUGCCUCAUUUCGUUGCUUGUUUAUUUUCUUUUCACUUUGGCUGUACGGCAUACAGUCGGCUCUUUAGCCAAUCUCUGAAUCAGUUGGCUCAAGUUACUGAAUACAUUCAGUCGUACUUUUUUUUUCUGGAUUUGGUGAUUCAACAAUAACUUUAAACUCCGUUCAAACAAACCAAAAAAAAAAAAAAACUAUAUAUUUCGAAUUAGCAAAUUUUUUAAAGCAUAAACUCAGUUAGCAUUUGACAAAUUUUACGUGAUUUUUACGAAACAUUUGCAACGAAUCCAAUUUUAAAUAGAAGUGUAUCACACAAAUCUGUUUGAAAAUAUUGAACUUUAUUGUGAUACGAACGAAAGAUCUAAAAGGAAAAUUUAAGCAGCGAAGAGAUAACUAAGGAUUAAAACCGUCCCGAACAUUAUUUUAUGCACAAGCCGGUUCGACGUGGUAAAGUGGAUAUAGCAGAGGAUUGGGAAUUUAGAGAAAUUACACAACAAGACGCGAGAAAAUAAUUCAGACAAUAUGAACGGUUCAAGUUUUGAGUUCAUCCAUACAAAUGGCGAUAUGCUGUCUCACAAUCAACAAAAGGGCUGGUGGACCAUCGGUUUGAUCAAUGGCCAACAUAAAUACAUGACAGCCGAAACAUUUGGCUAUAAGUUGAAUGCAAACGGAGCCAGUCUCAAGAAGAAACAGAUGUGGACGCUCGAACCAUCCAGCACCGGCGAAAGCAUCAUUUAUUUGCGAUCACAUUUGGGCAAGUACCUGUCGGUUGAUUCAUUUGGUAAUGUGUUAUGUGAAUCAGAAGAACGUGAUGCGGGAAGCCGAUUCCAAAUCAGCAUAGCGGAAGAUGGUUCCGGUCGGUGGGCAUUACGAAAUGAAUCUCGCGGCUAUUUCUUGGGCGGAACACCCGAUAAGCUGACUUGCACAGCGAAAGCACCGUCGAAUGGCGAGUUCUGGAGUGUUCAUUUGGCUGCGAGGCCACAGGUGAAUUUGCGCUCUAUUGGUCGCAAGCGAUUCGCACAUCUCUCGGAAUCACAAGACGAGAUUCAUGUUGAUGCAAACAUUCCAUGGGGAGAGGACACCUUAUUCACACUUGAAUUCCGUCUGGAUGAAGGAGGGCGAUAUGCAUUGCAUACAUGCAACAAUCGGUAUUUGAAUUCGAACGGAAAAUUGGAAUUGUAUUGCACUCCAGAGUGCCUAUUCAGCGCCGAAUAUCAUAGCGGCCAUCUUGCUUUACGCGAUCGCCAUGGCUCAUACUUGUCGCCCAUCGGAUCGAAAGCUGUAUUGAAAACACGUUCGCAAACGGUUACACGCGAUGAAUUAUUCUCAUUAGAAGAUUCAUUGCCACAGGCAUCGUUGGUUGCCGCAUUGAACUUAAAAUAUGUGUCCGUCAAACAGGGUGUUGAUGUAACUGCCAAUCAAGACGAAAUCGGCACCGAUGAAACAUUCCAAUUGGAAUAUGAUUGGUCAGCACGACGUUGGGCAUUGCGCACCACACAAGAUCGCUAUUGGUGUUUGUCAAACGGAGCCGGCAUCCAAGCAACUGGAAAUCGUCGAUGUGCCGAUGCUUUAUUUGAAAUGGUAUGGCAUGGUGAUGGUUCGGUAUCAUUCCGUGCCAACAAUGGAAAAUUCUUAGCAACGAAACGUUCCGGCCAUUUAUUCGCAACAUCCGAAUCGAUUGAAGACAUCGCCAAAUUCUAUUUCUAUUUAAUCAAUCGUCCAAUUUUAGUGUUGAAAUGUGAGCAAGGAUUCGUCGGCCUUCGCACUCACAGCACAACGAAAUUGGAAUGCAACAAAGCAACAUACGAAACCAUUUUAGUGGAACGAUCUGCAAAGGGCGUUGUUUACUUCAAAGGUCAAAAUGGUAAAUACUGGCGUUUAGAAGGUGACGGCAUCAGUGUCGACGGAGAUGCCCCUCGCGAUGGAUUUUAUUUGGAAUUGAGAGAACCCACACGCAUCUGCAUUCGAUCAACAAGCGGACGUUACUUGGGCGCCACUAAGAAUGGAACAUUUAAAUUGUUGGACGAAGGCAGGGAUUCUGCCACACACUGGGAAUACUAAUUUGGCAAUCAUCAUUAAUGCUUCUUAGCCAGAUCUAAGUAACAAUUUCUUCGAUGUGUGUAAUUGUAUCAUUUAACAAUUGAAUCGAAUUCAUUUCAUAUAUAUUAAAUAAUAAUUAAACGAAUGAAACAUUUCCAAACUUAUUGCAAGCAAGAACGUACGAACGAAAGAAGAAAAAAAAAAUGAAAGAAAACAAUUUCACGUAAUUAGAAGCAUAACACAUAUUCAUAUUAGUUGUAUUCAAAAUCUCGUUUCAUUUUAUGACACUUUUUUCUCUACUUCUUUUUUUUUAUUCCUUUUAAUAAUAUCUGUAGACUUUACUGUUAUAGGAGCUUAGAUCUUGAGUCUAUCAUCAGUGAUGAUUCAUUAAUAGCAAUAGAAUAAAAAUCCAAGUUGCAAAAAAAAGAAACACCAAAAUACUAUAGAGAGAGAAAAAGAAAGUAAAGCCUGUUUACCAAAAUAUAAGGCUGCCCAAUGCAACGUUGAGCAAGUAUAAUAGUUCUAUCAAACCAGCACACACAUAUAUAUGUUUUUCUUUGCUUAGAAUAACAUACGAAACGUUUUUGUACUUUUUAUACAAUCAACCGCAGGCCAGACAAACAAAAAUAAACUAGAAUUUAUAUCGAAAUAUCAAAAGCACAUAGCAAAACGCACUGCCCUAAUGAAAACAUGAGAAAUUAAAUUCAUUUACUGCUACAAUAGACAAAACAAGAGCAGUCGCAUGAAAUAAAACGCCUGGAAUUGUUGCGCAUAAAAUGUAGAAUGGACUUUUAUGCUAAGCCAAGUUGAUUUAUGAAAAAGGAAAUGCUCACAAUCAGUGUGAUUCGAGUCGAAUUAUUCGACCGAUAUAUUGAAUUCAAAAAUAUUCACAUCAUUUAUACACAAUGUUUAAAAAGUGAAUCAAGUGAAAUAGGCAAGGGUACGUGAUCAGAAGUUGAUGGAAGAAAGUACACAGUCAAAGAUUAAUAGAGAAAUGACUAUUAUUGUAGCACUAUAUGCGUAUACAUUUUUUUUUAUUUCGCUAAAGUAUCGUCCUAAUUAUCUUCCAUAUUGCAAACAACUCAUCCAAGUAUUUUUCUUGUCAGUCAUUCGUUCGUCGGAAUUUCAAUCGUGGUUAUAUUUUGUGUGAUGGGCGUUUGUUGAAACUUUAAUGAAGAUCGUUGUGAAAACACUGGAAUUCGACCGAACGAUCAAGUGACGCAAAAGAAAAAAUCGCAAGAAUUUUGUAUGUAAUUUAUUGAUAAACAAAUAAAAAAUAUUAAUCCAUUGUAUAAUUAUGAGGAAUGAAAUAAAAUUAUCGUAAAUUAUUAUCGUAAA